UGCAAAACCUUACUUUUGCCACGUUCUGUCAGCUCUGCCCACACCGGGGCCGUAGGCGCGGGAGUACAACCAGUGACCAGUCGGAUGCACUGCGUUUUUCCUGUCUUCGCUCCGGGGCUUGAUUUGGUCGCUGGUAAGCACCGUCUCUCCUUUCAUUCCUUGAUAGGUUGUUCCUCGACUGACCCUGAAGCAGAAUGUAUGAUCCCUCUGGUGCCUGGCUGUAAGCAGGUUGUUCUUGUCGGUUAUCACCAGCAGCUUGGUCCGGUAAUCAUGAACAAGAAAGCGGCACUCUGACACAAUCACUUUUCGAAC